CGGAAGUGGUUUCUUCGCUGGACCUGAGUGUUUGUGUUUUGGUUCGGGAAGAAGCUCGGCGGCGAGGGGAGGAGACGGAGGGAGGAGGAGGAAGAAGUCGUCGGAACUCGAACGCGGCGACGGCGGAGGAGGAGGACCGGCGGAGGCGGAGCGCAGAGGCGGAGACGCGGCCGUGCAGGGGCGACUCGGGGCGCCCACCCCGCGCUGGCCAGUGUGUGAAGCUGCGAGCAGGCGACGCGGCUGCAGCUGCGAUCUCCGCGCCGUGCGUGGCCUCGCUGCCGGGAGCCGCGGCCCCAGGUCUUUGGAAGUAAAGAUUCAGUAGCUUUGAACUUUAAAAGGCGCUGAAUAUGGAGGCACCCAUCUGUCAUCCCAGCAGUCUGGAAGCUGAGUUUUUCUGUGAGAAUCUGAUGUUGCCCUGAAAAUUUGGAAGCAGCAAGAGCAUUCGGAACAAGUUUUGCCCUGUAUUUAUUGUUUUGUAGAGCCUGCUACUUGUUGGGCAAGCACCCUACCAGUCUUCAACCCCAAAGUCAAAUUGUUGAAGGUAUUUUCUCCAGAAAGAAAACAAAAUUGAUACCUUGCAUCCUGGAAGUUCAUUUAGAAAUCUGAUAUUAGGGACUUCUUUCAAAUUUGGACAUGGCUAAUCGAGGAGCAACAAGACCCAAUGGGCCAAAUACUGGGAAUAAAAUAUGCCAGUUCAAACUGGUGCUUCUAGGAGAGUCUGCUGUCGGCAAAUCAAGCCUGGUGCUUCGCUUUGUGAAGGGCCAAUUUCAUGAAUUUCAAGAGAGUACCAUUGGGGCUGCCUUUCUAACCCAAACUGUGUGUCUUGAUGACACAACAGUAAAAUUUGAAAUAUGGGAUACAGCUGGCCAAGAACGUUACCAUAGCCUAGCACCAAUGUACUACCGAGGAGCGCAAGCAGCCAUAGUUGUGUAUGAUAUCACAAAUGAGGAGUCCUUUGCAAGAGCAAAAAACUGGGUUAAAGAACUUCAGAGGCAAGCAAGUCCUAAUAUUGUGAUAGCUUUGUCAGGAAACAAGGCUGACCUAGCAAAUAAAAGAGCUGUUGACUUCCAGGAAGCACAGUCCUAUGCAGAUGACAACAGUUUAUUAUUCAUGGAGACAUCAGCAAAGACAUCAAUGAAUGUAAAUGAAAUAUUCAUGGCAAUAGCUAAAAAGCUGCCAAAGAAUGAACCACAGAAUCUAGGCGCAAACUCGGCCAGAGGACGAGGAGUAGACCUUACUGAGCCUGCACAGCCAGCCAGAAGCCAGUGUUGUAGUAACUGAACUCCAGUGUGAACUUCCUAAAUGGCAAAGCCCGUGAAGUGGGAGCAUUUAGCCGGCCCAGUGUGACUUCAAAAAAAGAGACUUUUGGUAGAAUCAAGUUUCUAAUACUGAAUUAUUUUGAGUGUUUUGACUUAAUUUUUAAUAACAUGCAUGUGUUCUUCCGACUAAUGUUUUGGCAGUAGAAGGGAAGGGAAAUGAGAACUGUGUACAAUUUGUUUCAUGGGAAAGUGGAUAAAGGGGAACCAUUUAUCUCCAGUGGGUGUGGACCCACACUUAACCCAACCAGUCUUCAAACUGGUAUAAUAGUCAGGUGUAAAAGAUUCAGAAUUACUAAUGUGAGCUUUAGAAAAACAUUUUUAGAAGACUAAAAACAUUUAUGCUUAGCAACAGAAGCCAAGCAAAUGGUAAUUUCUUCUAUUGUCUAAAAAGUGUACAUUCCACAUAAUAAUAAAAUAAUCCUAAAAAAACAGUCCUACAUCUCCAGAAAGAAUGAAUAUUAGUGAUAUCUUACUCAGUCCUGUUAUUUCUUAAUAUUUGAUUGAAAAGAAGUCCAUGUGUAACCCCAUCUUGUUUUAGGAUAUAAAACUGAUAAAUGCAUUUUAAUGGGUAGUGGUCCCUUCAUGUGAGCUCUUCAACAAAGUGGAAACAAACCAGGUGUCGGAUUUUUCUUUAAUCACUGUUGGCCAUUACAUAGAGGUCUGUCUGGAGCAGGGAGGGAGCUCUGGUUCCUUUUGGACAUGAUUAGUCAGUGCACUAACAAUUAUGUACAUUCAAACUUGAUUUUAAAUAUGAUCUUCAGCUGUACUGUAAAUAGAGUACUGCAUUGUAGUUUCCAUGUUUAUUAUUUUCUGUAAUAUUUAAGAAUUGCCUAAGCAUAUACAAAAUGUACAGUUACUAAAACAGCUAAUUAUUUCUUUGUCCCCCUAUAAAAGGAAGGGGCUUUGCUGUUCUUUCAUGGCUAGAACCAUAAUAAACACUGUACCUGCAAUUUGUAACAUAAGUAUUACAAUGUUCUUAGUAAUAAUCUUGAAACCUUGUUUCUCAAAGUCCAUUUAAUUUUGAUCAGUAUAUUGCACUAAUUAUUUUAGGUAUUUUCAUUAUAUGAAAUCUACCAUGUGUCAGAUGAUUUAAUCUAAGUGUUGAUCUGCUAGCAGAACUUGUACAUUUUACAGUAACUCAAAAUUAGUAAGGAAAACAGUUCACCAGUGUUUAGUUUUAUAUUGAGGUGCUCAGGUUGGAAUAAAGUGGUAAAAAACGCAACACUGAGUUUUUUUUUCUCUUUACAUAAAGAAGUGAGCAUAACACACAUGGUAUAUAACUGGAAGCUUUUGUAUUUUCUUCCUGUUCUUACAAAUGAAUCUCACAGUCAUGAUCUGUCCUAGAGUCUAGAGCACUGAAGUCUUGUGGUACUGUUUGCUGCUCUGGGUCUUUGGAAUGUUUUAUGACAGCAGCUGAUACUCACUCCCAUUGAGAAACAUUACCAUAACAGUGAUGCUGUCUCUGGAACCACCUUCUAAAGCAGCACUUACAAGUUCACAGCCAAUGUACUCAGCUGCACCUUCAUAGAAAUUCUUAGCAUAUAGUUCUUUAUUGCUUCCCUUCUUACUGUCUAUACUGGGUAAACUGUUAGUUUCUUUCUUGCUGCAAGGGUCAUAACUUCUCCCUUCUGGAAAAAAUGUUUCUGCAUUUUUAGCCUGAUGAAUGCAAGCUUCAGAAUGUACUGAAUCAGACGACCUUUUCAUUAGAUUAGUAGUUGACAUACCUUCUUCAUAUUCAGGUUUGUACUGGAACAGCACUCGGAUGUUACUGUCUGAUGGGGAAAGAGGCUUGUUAGAUGGCCAGGAUUUGUUUUUAGGACCAGAAACAUAUGUUUCUUUAUAUGCAUGAAACAAGGUUAUUACCAGUGCAGUGACUUCCUUCUUGUCCAGAACUUCCCAAAGCCCAUUAGUGGCUACAAUGAGAAACUGACAUAGAUCAUCUAGAGGGACAGAAAUUGUUCGGGGUGCUGGAAUAAUGAACUUCUUCAAUGUGAGGUUUCCAUGAAAUCCAAGACCUCUGGUGGUUUUUAUGUGACCUUCCAGGAGGCCAUUUGAACUGAUAACUGCUCCUCUCUCAAGGACUCUUCUUCUCUCUUUGGUGUUUCGUGUCGAGUGUUCUUUUGUCAGACAAAACCCUUUUCCAUUUCUGCAUAAGACUGCUUGCACAUUACCUAAAAGGGUGGAUUUUUUUAAAGAGAGUUCUAAUUAAUCAGUUUGUGUAAAAGUAUGCUACUUACUGUUUCAAUACUAAACACAAAUUAUGCCAUGUAAAUAUCUUUAGAAUACAUAAGCUGAACACUGCACAAACAUGAUUUUGAACUGGGAAACCACCUAAUAUUUGAAUAUCAGUGAUAACCCAGUAGCAUUUAAAAUAACUAAAACUACAGGUCUUGAAAACUAUAAAUCAAAUUUUUAUGAAACUAUUGAAAUAUGAUUUUUACUAUUUAACACCUAUGCAGCAGGUUUUUGAAAUAUUCAAAUAAAGUGUUUUAAUGACUAAGUUAUGUGUAUGUGUGGGUAUGUGCACAUGAGGAGGGCAGAGGCCAGAAGAGGGUAUUGGAUCCCCCAGAGCUGAAGUUAUAGUUAGUUGUGAGCCACCCAAUAUGGAUGCUGGAAACUAACUGAUCUCUAAUCCUCUUGGAAAACAGCAGGUGUUCUU